AAAGCUCCAGUUACUCUAAGGAUUCUGCAGGAUACGGUCGCAUCUGUUUUGGUCUCUCUUUCUCUUUAGACGUAGUGAUUUUUGCUUGCGAACAAAAUUCGAAUUUCGAGAGAAUUUUGACGAUAACGGUAUUGUGCUGCUGGUCCUUCUGUCUGACAUUUUGCCGGUCUAUCAAUUCAAUUUAGUUUAAUUUUUAAUUUUUUUUUGAAGUUUUUGUUGUUGUGUGUGGCAGAUAAAUAUCCUUAAUGAUUUUGUUGCCUGUGCUUGAGAGAGUCUUCCCGUGUCAUGUCGGUUGAGUUUUGGCAUCGCGGUGUUUGUUUACGUUCGUACGCCGUAGUCACAUACAGCCACAGCGUAAGCCAUCGACUCUUGCCGCCGACGACGACUUUGUCCGUGGAUCCUGUGACAAGGAUGAAUCGCGUCUAAAUUGACUAAUCAGUGGGAAAGUAUCCUGUCGUUUUAUUUUCUUUGUUGCAGUGUGUGUACAAUAUACUACCUUUGUGUUGGGGCGAGCAGAAUCGAGUGGCGCAGAGCAGAGCAAAGCAAACCACAAGCCAUCACCCAAAGAAGAACCACAACACGACGUUGUUGACGUCGUUGUAGUCAUCGUCUUCGUCGUAGUCGUCGAGAUUGAAGAAAUUUCUUCCAUCGUCAUCAUCAUCAGCAUCAUUGUCGUCGUUAACACCCUCUUAAAAGUUCAAAAAGUGAAGAAUUCGUUCGGGAGCGCUUUCAACACAUCGCAUCGCCAGGACGGGACUUAAGGAAAACGGCAUUGGCAACGGCAACGGUUUAGGGCAAGGUAGCAAGCAGCGGCGGUAUUUUUUACUAAGCAAUCCCUUCCACUGCUUUUUUGCUCUGUGUUUUCUAUAAGAAACAAUGAAGUGUAGUAAAGUGUUAAGCUGAUGGGCCCCUGGUGUUUAAUUGGGGCCCUCCUACUGCUGUCGGCAACAGCGGGGGACUCCACAAAUAAAAUUUCCUCCUCCUCAUCGUCCUCAUCUUAUGGUGGCAGCGCCGGCAACAUCCUACCGUUUUCAUCAUUAUCGUCGUUGUCGUUGACUUCGUCGUCCUCGUCAUCAUCAUCAUCUUCGUCAGCAGCGUCCUUGUCGACAGGCGGAGCAGCAGCAUCAGGUGGCGGUAGUGUUGGAGGUAGUGGUGCAGUUGGUGGAGGAAUUCUUAUAAAUGGAAUGGGCGGAGGACUGCCAUCAUCCUCGUCAAAUGUUGUAACAGAGGAACCCGAAUUUACAGAAUACAUCGAAAAUGUUACAGUACCUGCAGGACGAAAUGUCAAACUUGGAUGUUCCGUAAAGAAUCUUGGAUCAUACAAAGUUGCCUGGAUGCACUUUGAGCAAUCAGCAAUUUUGACAGUACACAAUCAUGUCAUAACGAGAAAUCCCAGAAUUAGUGUUACCCACGACAAACAUGACCGCCACAGGACAUGGUAUCUCCACAUAAACAAUGUCCACGAAGAGGAUAAAGGCAGAUAUAUGUGUCAGAUAAAUACGGUCACUGCAAAGACCCAAUUUGGCUAUUUGAAUGUUGUUGUUCCACCAAACAUCGAUGAUUCAUUGAGUUCGAGUGACGUUAUUGUCCGUGAGGGUUCAAACAUUUCACUUAGAUGUCGAGCAUCAGGCAGCCCCACACCCAUCAUCAAAUGGAAACGAGAUGACAACUCAAAAAUAGCAAUUAACAAAAAUUAUGUUGUUAAUGAGUGGGAAGGCAAUACCCUGGAAAUCACCCGAAUAUCCCGGCUUGACAUGGGAGCUUAUUUAUGCAUCGCUUCAAAUGGUGUACCGCCAACAGUUUCAAAGCGUAUAAAAGUUAGUGUGGACUUUCCACCAAUGCUGCUUAUACCACAUCAACUUGUUGGUGCUCCCGAAGGUUUCAACGUGACCAUCGAGUGCUUUACCGAAGCCCAUCCAACAUCACUGAACUAUUGGACACGUGGCGAGGGACCAAUCAUACACGAUUCACAUAAAUACAAAGUUGAAUCCAGCAUCGGAUUCCCCGUUUAUAAGACUCACAUGAAGCUGACCAUUCUAAGUGUGAGUAGUGGCGACGAUGGAAUUUACAAAUGCGUAGCAAAGAAUCCGCGGGGUGAAACCGAUGGAAUUAUCAGACUUUAUGUAUCAUAUCCACCAACAACAGUCUCCACUGGAAUCCAGACAACCGAGGCACGAUGGGAUCAUUAUGGACAGAAUCAGGAUCCAUCUAGGUCCAACUAUCUAGGCAGUGGCAUGGACAAAAACACCAGAUACCAAUCGAACCUAAACGACAUUGGCUUAUCUGAGCAAAAAUCCUCCCCAGAUAAGACUGGCACCACUGGCUUUGGUUGGCCCGCCCAAGGCGAUGAAGACCUGGGAUCUGGAUUAGCAUCUUCAAUCAGGAGGCUUAACUCUUAUUAUGGACUGUUCUUGCUUGCUGUUGUUGGUGGGCUUAAUUUGGUACAUUUGCUCUAAGGCAAUAUUCCCGCACUCCUUUUGCCUCGCCUGCGCCAAAAUAAGAUUUUAAAAACGCAUCAAUAAAAAACAAAACUAAAAAUUCUUUAACAUAUCCCAGAAAUUUAAAUUAAAGAAGAAAACAAAAAACACAAUUUAUUUAUAUGAAACAACAAAAAUAACAAUAUUGUAAAGUUACAGUUAAAAUAAAUAAACAUACGUAUUUAUAUAUACAACUUUCAAUUACUACAAAUUAAAUUAAAAAGACAAAAAUAAAACACAAAAAGAAAUCAUGCAGGGUUCAAAAAACAAAGAAAGUUAAAAGACAAAAACAAAAAAGAAAUUUAAAUUAAUUAAGAAAAUGAAAAUGUAUAAAUUAAAAUAUUAAAUAUAUUUAAAAACAAAAUAAGUUUAAGCAAAACUUAAAACAAAUAUAUUAAAAAAUAAUAAAACUUUUUAAGCGCAAAACUGUAAACAUUUAAUUAUUACAUCUCAUAAAGGGUCGUAUUUAUCUAAAAUAACAAAAGAACAAACCUUCAGUGAUUUGGAAGAAAAAUGCUUGUUGAUUUUUAUUAAGUUUAAUAUUUAAUACAAAACAAAAAUAAAUAAAUACAUAUAUUAUAUAUUAUACAAAAACAAAUAUUAUAAUAAUAUAAAUUAAUUUGCGUUCAUAAUUUCAUUUAAUUUUUUAAACGAGAGGAAAUGUUUCAAAAAAGAAAAAACGAAAAACAUAAGGAAAAUAUCUACAUAAAAAAGACAUACACACAAUGUAAACACUAAAUUUAGCCUUAUAUAAAGAUAGAAU